AUGGGUGAAUAUAUUUCCAAAUGGCUUCAGAAAGAAAAGUUACUACCUAAAGAUUGUCCGAAUGAGUUAGCUUUUGUUUAUGCAAAUACUAGACAAAGGACAAGAGAGUCGGCCAAAGCAUUUGUAAGGGGAGCAUUCAAUUGCAAUGUAACAGUCCAUACGAUUAAUUCAGAAAUAAAGGAUCCGAUUUUCAAUCCGAUUUUUCGAAAUGAAUCAAAAGUGUUGAAAUCGAUUAUAAUGAACGAGAUGCAAGUACACUUAGAUCAAUUACAACUUGAAGAUUCUUACGAAUUAUUGGAAAAUAUAUUGGACCUUAAAAACUCCUUGGCGUGUAAAGAUGACGGUAUAUGCAGUUUUAAAGUGAAAGAUCAAAUUUUCUAUGCUAUCGGGGAAGAACCUAAUCUUAUUGGUCCAUUACAGCAAAGUAAUGCUAUAGUCGAUUCGUUUUUCAUGGAUUACUAUGAAGGAUUACCUAUGAAGGAUAUUGCGUGGGGUAAAAUAAAAAAUAACGAAGAUUGGAAAUUAUUAGCUAAAAUCACAAGAGAAAAUCUGAAUGUACGUUUCAAUGGCUCAACCUUGUCUAAGGAAGUUGCAAAACCAUUACUUGGCUAUUUGAAAAAUAUUUUCGAGAAAGAAUCAGUAAAAUUUGCACUUUUACAUGGACAUGAUGCAAAUUUGAUUUCAGUGAUGACUGCUAUUGGUUUUAAAGGUUAUGUUCUUCCGGAUCAGUAUGAAAGUACGCCUUUGGGAGGAAAACUGGUUUUCCAAAAAUGGUCUCACAAAGAUAUAAAGUUUUUAAAAGUUCACUAUGUUUACCAAACGGUAGAGCAGUUACGAGAAGGCAUAAAGCUAUCAGAGAUAAAUCCUCCGCGGUGGGUUGAAAUGGAAAUUGUUGGAUGUCCAAAGGAUAAAAAUGAAUUUUGUCUAUGGGAUGAUUUUAUGAACAUUAUGAGAUCUCUU